CGUGGACACAUGUGGAUGCAUUCAAACGUUGAAGAGUUGGUCUCUCCAUAUUGGCAUCCUUGAUUAAAAUCAUCUUAAAGACUUGAAAGUUGUGUAAGUACAUUUCUUUCGGCCCUAUCUUGCAAGAGAUGUUACAUUGAUUAGCUGUCUCCGUACAUUGUACCUUUGGCCAACAUGGCGGCAUCGUUGGGUCGAGUUUGUAAAUCUGGUCUUUUACGAACAAAUUAUGGCACAUUAUUCAGUCAGCAAACACAUAAUUUUUCAACAGCAAACCAAUGGUCUAAGGGUACGAAAGCGUUACUAACAUGUUUAGGAGUAACAACAGGGGGAAUUACUGCAUUAAUUUAUGCAUUGGAGAAAUCUGUGCAAGCCUCCUCGGGUGCUCAUGUCCCAACUUAUAAAUGGGACUUUUAUGGGAUUUUCAAUUCAUUGGAUCACGCAAGUAUGCGACGAGGAUGGGAGGUGUACAAAAAUGUCUGUUCAGCAUGUCACAGUUUACAGUAUGUAACUUAUCGUGAACUUGUUGGUGUUACACACACAGAAGCAGAAGCCAAAGCUCUUGCAGAAGAAAUUGAGGUAGAAGAUGGUCCUGAUAGUACAGGAGCUAUGUUCAAGCGCCCUGGUAAAUUAUCUGAUCAUGUACCAUCACCAUAUCCAAAUGAAGAAGCUGCUAGAGCAGCAAAUAAUGGUGCCUAUCCACCAGAUUUAAGUUACAUUAUCAAUGCAAGGCCUAAUGGAGAGAAUUAUGUAUUCUCUUUGUUAACUGGCUAUUGUGAUCCACCAGCUGGUAUAUCUUUAAGAGAUGGUCAGUAUUUUAACCCAUAUUUCCCAGGAGGAGCUCUUGGUAUGGCACAGGUUGUCUUCGAUGAAGUCUUGGAGUUUGGUGAUGGUACACCACCAACGGCUUCUCAAGUAGCAAAAGAUAUUACCACAUUCCUUAUGUGGACAUCAAACCCAGAGUAUGACGAUAGAAUGUUAAUGUUCAUGAGGGGGUUAAUUAUACUUACAGCAUUGUCAGCCAUAACAUUCUACAUGAAGAGACACAAGUGGACAACAGUAAAAUCUACUAAAAUACUUUUCACUCCUACAACAAAAAAAUAAAAGAACCUCUGAGUAUAAAUUACUUCAGAGGCUAGCUCAAAGAAAUUGAUUUGACGAUGUUAGAAUUCUAUAUUGGAAGGUAGUUUUAUAAUUUAU